UUUAGAAUCAAGUUUGAUUAAUGGUAUGGACAGUGGAGCCCGAGUUGUAUGCUAUAAAUUCUGCAAAGAGAAGCCUGUCGGGUUUUUAAAGCAGUCCAUUCAAAAUUUAACCAUUUUUGUACUCUCAAGCACAAAAGAGGGGAAAAAACGAAGGACCCGUGAUCUUAACUCCUUUUCUACGUUGAUAAAUCAACCCUCCCUCGGAAACUUAUGUGCCUAAUGAAACCUUUUUUCCUCUGAUGAACAUUAAUUCAGCGUUGAAUAAGGAUUGAUGAUAUGCAACGCAGUGGUUGUGGACCGGCUUGGCUUGGCCCACAAGGACAUUGUAUAGGAGUGUCACAUGUCGAUUGAUUAUGCUGCAUGGCCCAUGAUUUAUGUCUGCUGAUUAUAAGCACCAGAGGCUCCCAAAUCAGAAGCAUAAACCUCACCCCAACAAAACAUGCGAAGAAAUGAGGCACUAUACGAUGGCGAGACGGCAUUGUUACCCAAUAUCCAUUCUACAUUCAUCAAGUUCAGGUCACCAAGACGCUUCAUUUCUUCUUGAUUCCCUGUUUUGCUUGGAGGAAGAGAUUGGGGAUGGCCUUAUCCAACCAAAGGACCAAACUUUCUUAAUGAAUGUUUGUGUCAAUUCCCCAAAUUCUGUCUUCUUGUCGGAGAGGGAAGACGAGGAAUUGGUGUCUCUGUUCUCUAAGGAGAACAAAAAUGAGUUUCUUCGUAACACUCUCUCACACAAUCCCUCUUUAGCAGCCGCUCGCUCCAAGGCUGUGGCCUGGAUUCUGAAGGUCAAUGCCCAUUACUCUUUCACUGCACUCACCGCCGUUUUGGCCGUUGAUUAUGUCGAUAGGUUUCUCUCCAGCCCCCAUUUUCAGAUUGACAAGCCAUGGAUGGCCCAUCUCACCGCCAUUGCUUGUUUAUCUCUCGCUGCUAAAGUGGAGGAAACCCGCGUGCCCCUUCUUUUAGACCUCCAGGUGGAAGAAAAUGAGUACUACUUUGAAGCUAAAACUAUUAGAAAAAUGGAGAUUCUCGUUCUUUCUACGCUUGUUUGGAGAAUGAAUCCAGUGAACCCACAUUCCUUUCUGGAUUAUAUCGUAAGACGGCUCGGGUUCAGGGACAAGCUCUGUUCUGAAUUCCUCUGUAGAUGUGAACGAUUACUUCUCUCUGUCAUCUUAGAUUCUAGAUUUGUAUGUUUUCUUCCAUCAGUCAUAGCAAGCGCCAUUAUUUUUCAAGUUAUCAACGACAUAGAACCAAAUGCCGCCGCCAAAUGCCACGAUCAGCUUCUGGGUAUUCUUCAAAUCGACAAGGAUAAGGUGGAGGACUGUUCGAGAUUCAUCUUAGAAGCAUCAUCGAAAGAACGACACAGAAAGGACUGUAAGAAUAAACGAAGAUUCAGUUUAAUGGAUGGUCAGAAUCGGAAUGUCGACUGUGCUGUGUCCUCGCCGAAGACAUCAACCAAGAAGAGAAAAAAUUGAUGAACAGCGUCCUUGGAGGCUCAAAUUUACGACAACCGCAGAAUUUUCUUUACAUUGUUUCAUCCUUCGCUUCAUUUAAUUAAGGCUUCUUAUAGCUACUUGUACUUUUUUGUUUCUCUAGUACAACAAAAGCGUACGCUUAAUAAUUAAUAUAUAAUUUCUUCUAGUAUC